CUAGGAGCCCUGAGCCAUGUCUGGUCUUUUUGUGUCUGGAGAAAGCCGCCUUGGUUCCCAAGAGAACCAUGGCAAUUCCCAGGGGCUGCUCUGUCCCCAAGAGAGGCCGUGCAGCCUUGGGGCCAGCAGCACUGCCACCCCCAUGCCCACCCCCCAUGGCCUCUCCUCCUUCCUCAGGACUGAGCGGAGGUCCGGGAGCCACCUCCGGCUGGCCUGGGUCGAGGAUGAGGCGGAAGAGAUCAGUCUCCCCGUCCCAGACAAGGUGGUCCAGCUGAUGGAGACAGAUCCCAAUCCUGAUGCCACCUUCCUUUGGUAUUCAGCGGAAGAGGGCCAGGAGAUGAGUGCGGAUGCUCAGGAAGAGCUAGGAGAGGUACCUACAGAGACUCUCACCUGCCUUGAGCGGGACAAAGAGUGUGUGAGAGAUCUGGUAGUCAACCUUUGCCCCUCCACCCUCAGGAGUCUGCAGGAUGUCUCGCAGACAGAAAAAAUCUUGAGGUGCAUCCACAGAGAAGUGGAGGAAGUGUGCACGGAACCAGGGCAGUUCCUCCUGAGAUCCGUGCUUGGUCUGCUCAGCGAGUGCUGCCCUGAGGAAACAGUUCAGACCCUCUUGAGGAUCAGUCCCUCCUGUGACAACGCUGCGCUGGCCAUGUGGGAGAUGCUGCUGUCCCUGCCCAGCACUUCAGAGACAGUUCUUGACCGGCUGCUCAGUGUGAUCCAGGGCUGGAGACCAAUCUGUGCUAUCCCAUCUGCAAGCCAGGUCCUGUACAGGCUCAGCCAGCGGCCCCGCGGCCAGAGGAUCCUGGAAGCGCUCUUCCCCAGGCUCCUCAUGACCUUGACCUUCAAACUUUCCCUGGCUGCAGUGAUCCUGGGGCGGGAGCAGCCUGGGGCUGAUCAACCCGUCCCUUUCGGGCUGGCAGUGGAGGGCAUUAAAGUUCUGCUGCACGCUGCUGGCUGUCAAGGCCAUGUCCAGAACAUCCAGGAGGAGGGCGGCUGGGACAUGAUGCUGCAAGCAGACACCCUCGAGAGAGGAAUCAGUCUGCUGGCCAGAGAGCUGAGGAAGAGCCCAGCUGAGCAGCAACGCCUCCUGUUCCAGCACAUGAAGGAGAUUCUUACCCACAGGAGGGAAUGGCAGACCAACUUUGCCUUGACUUUCUAUACUGAGCUGCUGGGCUGCCAGGGCCUUGGAAAGGACUGGAGUGACCUGCGCCUCCUCCACUCCUACCUGAGCCAUGGCACACAGACAGUCCGUCUGAGGGCACUCCGGGGCUUGGUGGCACUCGCAGGAGAUCCACAGAUGGCAAGAGAAAUGCGGGGCAGCUCUCUGGUGGAGAGCAUCCUGGCGUGCCUGAAGGAUCCAUCCAGAGACAUCAGGAUGGAGGCCUUGCUCUUCUUCUGCACCAUGAUGGGCCAGCUGAAGAGGAAAGAGGCCAGCCCCGUCUCUCUGCUGCUGGUGGAGAAGCUCGCAGCCCUCUUUGGUGAUGAGUCCAGCCAGGUUCAAGAGCUCUCCCUCAGCCUCUUUGAAGACACCAUGAAGGCUGUGGCGAGCAGAGACAAGGCAGAGAUGAAGGAGGCGACACGCAGGGUCGUGCUCUCACUCUUCCUGCAUGUGAACGCUGAGAGCAGGAGUGUGGCUGAGGCCUCUGGCAAAGGCCUCCUCAUCUGUGCCAAGUUCCUGGGCUGGAGGAAGCUGAAGAGGGUUCUUAAGAAGCAGAAGACCUGGCUGAUCGGAGAGACUUUGCUGAAGCAGGACAGGAACAGGGUGGAAGAUUACGUGUGCUUCAGCCUGCCCUACCUGCGGGACUCCCAGACCAGCGUGAGAUUGGAGGCCAUCAGAUUCAUCGGUGAGCCACAGCCCCCGGGGACCCUCUUCUGGCAGCCCGGCCCCAGCCCCCGGCGCUGCCCUGGCAGGCAGGAGCAGCCCUGUGGCUGUCUCGGGCAGGGCCCUGGCCUCCUGCUGCCCCCUCUGCUCUGCCCUGGCCUGCCCAGGCCUUGGUGGCCGCCUGGCUCAGUGUCAGCAGCUCCCUCGGGGACUUGCCCGGGGCCAUCCGUGCGGAGUGCUGGGCAGGAGGGCGUGCGGCCGAGCUGGCCGGGCCGGGGGCUGUGCUGCCGCAGUGCUGGGGAGGGGGAGGUCUGA